AAGGAUCACAUUGACAGACUUGUCCUUGUCUAUAUGAUUAGUCUAUACAGCUCACACCAUGCGUAUACUGAGUGUGAAGAUGAGAAGAUACCAUUGAAUGCUGACGUGAAUUCUGCGUCGGUCAAAGCUACGCGACUUCCGUAUCGAUAGAGACAGGUCCGUGCAUCCGAGGACCAAGAUGACUGAUUCCAAACGCCGUCCGAUCAGGAGACUACUGGUAGCAAAUAGGGGCGAAAUUGCAACGAGGAUUCUUGCAACAUCACGAGAGCUUGAUAUUGAAACCUUUGCAGUCUACACAAAGGGAGAUGCAUCUCACACUCGCGGCGCAGACCAUGCCGUGGAGCUAUCUAGCCCAGCUUCUUACAUGAGCAUUGAUGAGAUCCUUGCCGUGGCUAAGAAGCACCAAGUCGAUGCCAUCCAUCCUGGCUAUGGCUUCCUGUCAGAAUCAGAAGAUUUUGCUGCCCGGCUGUGGGAUGAAGGCGGGAUCGUCGUCAUAGGUCCGGGCCCUGAAAUCCUAUCACGUACUGGAGAUAAGCUCAAGGCGAGAGCUCUAGCAGAAGAGUGCAACGUUCCAGUCUGCCCUGGUAUCCUCGAUCCAACUGACAAUGUUCAACAUAUCAAGGAGUUCGCAUCGAAGAACGGGUAUCCAGUCAUGGUAAAGGCUGUGGAUGGUGGUGGUGGACGGGGUAUCCGACUCGUGCGGAAUGAAUCAGAGCUCGAGUCCAAUGUCAAGCGUGCCAUUGAGGAAAGUCCUUCGAAGAAGGUUUUCGUAGAACGUGCCGCAAUUGACGGGUUCCGUCAUAUCGAAGUCCAGAUCAUUGGUGACGGCAGUGGCAAUGUUCAACAUCUCUGGGAAAGGGAAUGUAGUAUCCAGCGUCGUUAUCAAAAGAUCAUCGAACAAGCACCUUCCUCAUUUAAGGACCGUGCAUUGGCGGAGGAGAUCAUACAAAGCGCCAUGAAGAUGGCGAAGCAUGUCAAGUACCUCAGCUUAGGCACUUUCGAGUUCCUAGCUAAUCCAUCGACUGGAGAAUACUUCUUCCUUGAAGUCAACCCGCGUUUGCAGGUCGAGCACACCAUUACGGAGUGUAUCUCGCUCACAGAUCUCGUACGCGUGCAGCUACUUAUCGCUCAAGGCGCGUCCCUUGCAGAUGUGAACCUACCAGAUGUUUCCCAGUCUCCACCUCUCCAUGCCAUUCAGCUUCGCAUCACGGCGGAAAAUAUACAGAGCAAUUGGUCACUCAGUAUCGGAAAGAUCCAGGACUUUCAGUUUCCCAGCGGUAAUGGUAUACGUGUGGACACACACCUGCUCAACAAAUACCAAGCCGUCGUAAGCUCAGACUUCGAUUCAUUAAUAGCCAAGCUCGUGGUCACCGGCUCUACAUGGGAGACCGUGGUGCGUAAAGCAAAGCGAGCGCUGGACGAAACACAGAUCAAUGGCGUACAUACAAAUCUUGACGUAUUACGCGCGAUUGUGGCACGGCCAGAGUUUCUGCGAGGCGAAUGCGAUACGCAGUGGCUCGAGUCGAACUCAGUCGCUCUUCUAGACGAAAGCAAGAAGAUAUCUCAGUCCUCUGUGGCACAUAGCACACAGCUCUCGUCGAGUCACGCCUCAUCAAGUGCAGUAGCCUCAGCUGGCAAUAUGCUGUUUCGUAAAGGUGAUGCCUGGUCACUUACUCUUACACCUCGAGGGCAGAAAGUCGAUAGUGACCAAGCACCGCAUCAUUUAGAGAUCGCACGAGUGCUGCGCAAUGAGUUUCCAAGCUCCCUUGCAGCGGAAGUGGUGUUUACCACCCCAGGCACCAAGUCGUCGCAAGCAAAACAGGUUCAGUACGCAAUGGAGCUCUCGUCGACGACAGCAUCGUCUGCAGCGGCGACAUCAACACAUCGUCGUGGCAAUCCGAGUGAUCCAUCUCACGUAGUGAUUCCGUUUCCCGGGAAGCUCGUCGAGGUGCUCGUGGACGAAGGAGACGAGGUGCACAAAGGAGAUGUGAUUUGCGUGGUUCAACAGAUGAAGAUGGAGCUAGAAGUGCGAUGCAGCCGCUCUGGCAGAAUCACAUGGAUGCUGGAAGCUGAAGAGGGUGAAGAGAUUGGCGAAAAUACGCUGGCAUGCAUUGUAGAGCGACAAGAAGGUGCUCGGCUCUGAGAGUGAGGCAGUAUUAAGAUUUGUACGUGAUGCAACGGGCCGUCUGAAAUGACGGGAGCAGGGAUUGGAAGCCUCUUACAUCGUAG